AUGCAGACGGUGCCCCCCGAGGACCUGCCUCGCCCCCGGCGCGGGCUUGCGGGUAUCGAGGAGCUGUGCGCCAAGCGGGAGGAGCUGAGCCAGCAGAUCCAGCAGGAGGAGGAGGAGAAGAGCAAGCUGCAAAACGACAUCCGGCUCCUGACGGAGAAGCUGGCCCGCGUCAACGAGAGCCUGGCUCGCAAGAUGGCCACCCGCAACGAGUUUGAGAAAACCAUCGCCGAGACCGAGGCUGCCUACACGAAGAUCCUGGAGAGUUCCCAGACGCUGCUCAAUGUCCUGAAGAAGGAAGCUGGGAAUCUGAGCAGAGCCACAGAACUGAAAAGUAGCAUCACGAAGGAGAGCUGAACAUUCGGACUCAAACGGUCUGGCAGUCACCCUAGGGAGUUGCCGCGCUUUGACCCUGGCCCACGCUGCCAUUCUGAUCUAGGGGCUUGGAGUGGAAGCAAUGUGAAAUAAAGUCUUUCUUUUGCAAA